CUCAGGCUCCCUCCUUCCCUCCCUCCGUCGUCCGUUAAUGGCCGCCGCCGUGAGCCUCGAUGCUGAGGUACCUGUCCUGGGGACACAGGGUGGUGUUCCACUCACGCUUCUCUAGGGUCAAGCUUUCCAAGUGCUGUCUAUUUACAAUGCAACUGCAAUCACCGGAGUUCCAGGCACUGUUCACCCAAGGACUGAAGAGUGUGGCAGAGAUAUUUGUUAAAGGAAAUCACGAAAUAAGAAUAGCCGGAGGAGCUGUACGGGAUUUGUUAAGGGGAUUGCCGCCACAUGAUGUGGACUUUGCCACUACUGCGACCCCUGAUCAAAUGAAGAUGAUGUUCAUGUCUGCUGGUGUUCGGAUGAUCAAUCACAAAGGAGAAAAUCACGGUACCAUUACUGCCAGACUUCAUGAAGAAAACUUUGAAAUUACUACUCUUCGGAUUGACGUCACGACCGAUGGAAGACACGCCGAAGUAGAGUUCACGAAUGACUGGGAAAAAGAUGCUGGACGCAGAGAUCUCACCAUAAACUCUAUGUUUUUAGGCUUUGAUGGUACCCUGUAUGACUACUUCAACGGUUAUGAAGAUUUAAAAAAUAACAAAGUUCGAUUUGUUGGAUUCCCAAACAAAAGAAUUCAGGAAGAUUAUCUACGGAUUUUGAGAUAUUUCAGGUUCUUCGGAAAAAUCGCCGAAAACCCUGGUGGCCACGAUCCUGACACGUUAAAAGCCAUUAAGGGAAAUGCGAAAGGAUUGGCUGGAAUAUCAGGAGAGAGGAUUUGGGUGGAGCUGAAAAAAAUUCUUGUUGGUAAUCACGUAGAGCACUUGGUUCGACUUAUGUACGAUCUGGACGUGGCUUAUUAUAUAGGGUUGCCUACUGAUGGGAAUUUAGAAGAAUUGGACCAAGUGUGUAAAAACACUCGGAAUCUUUCUGCAAGUCCAAUAACCGUUUUGACUUCAUUAUUCAGAGAUCAGGAUGAUGUCAUAAAACUUGAUUUCAGGUUGAAGGUUUCCAAACAAGAAAAAAAUCUGGCUCUGUUCCUGCUGAAGCACAGGAAAGAUUUAAUUAAAGCUGCUGACAGUUCUGAACCACUCAGACCAUUUCAGGAUUUCAUUUUAGAUUCGAGAGACCCUGGUACAACUGAGAGAAUUCAUGAACUUCUGAAAUACCAAGGAGAGGGGGCUCUUCUAAAGGAGAUGCAGAGCUGGUCUGUCCCUCUAUUUCCAGUAACUGGCCAUGAUAUUAGAAAAAUGGGAAUUUCUUCAGGAAAAGAAAUUGGUUCGAUAUUACAGCGGUUGAGAGAACAGUGGAAGAAGAGUGGAUACCAAAUGGACAAAGAUGAGCUUUUGUGUUUGAUAAAGGACUGAAAUAGAAAUCUAGUAAACUGCGCUAAUGCUCCUAUUUGGUGGGGGUUGUUUGGGCUUUUUUUUUUUUUUUUCCAUUUUUCUUACAGUGAGAUGAGGAAAUUUAAUAUGUGUCUAUUAUGUGAAGAGUAAAAGUGCGUUUCAUCACUUCUGACAAGUAGAAUUAUGUGGUAUGCUCCAUCAGGUGAUUUAAUUCUAUUUCCAGCUACCAAAAAGAAAAGAAGUACCUCCUCUUCUUUCAUAUGUCGAUGUAAAUGUUAAUUAUGUACUGUUUAACUUUGAAUAAUUCCCAACCUAAGUUGUGUUUGAAUAGAACAAGACAUUUUUUUUUUGAAAAAAAUCUAACUAGUUCUACGGUGGUUAUAAUUGGCUACACAUUCAGUUUAAAAUUCUUGUGGCAUUUUAUCAUUGCCUGCUUAAAUAAUUUAUUCCCCGAAGAGUAGUGAAAUUGGUAAACUUGCAUAGGCAAAAAAGUUAUACAUGUUAAAAUGAUUACUUUGCCUGCAGUUACAUUUUGGAGUUGUAGCAAUCUUUCAUCUUAAUUCCAAAAUAAACUUGAGCUUGAAAGGGAAA